GUAGUAUAAUAGUACUGAUAACCUCACUCUUAGUGACAACCAUGUUUGAAGUGGCUAAUUAAUUUACUGUACAAGUAAAAGUAGAAUGUGUUCGACGUGUUUAGUUUCUUGUACGCUUUUCUAAUUGCACAUUAGUUUGAAGUAAAAGAAUAUAAUGCGUUUUAACGACAGUGAACUCGCAACACUUAGCUCAUCAAAUGCAGACUUGGAAGGGCGUCUGAAUUACAGGAAAACACCAAGUGGAAAUUUUAGUCAGAGUGGAUCAGGAUUCAAGGAAAGAUGGUUUAAGUUGAAGUAUAAUCUUCUCUUCUUUUUCAAGAUAAACGAACUAGGACACAUAGACAAAAAGCCAGCAGGUGUGUUUGUGCUGGAGUCGGCCAAAGUCCAGAUAGAACUCUCAGGAGGCCAAUUUGCCUUCUCCAUUACCUUCAGAGAUGAUCCUGACAAGAAACACAUUUUCUCCGCCAGGUCGGAAGGGGAUGUGCAUUUAUGGGUACAUUCACUGAAGAAAUCUACGUAUGAAUCAUUACGGAAUCAACUUGUUACGCUCCAAGGUAAAAUCAAGAGGAUUACUGGGAAGGACCCUCUGCUCAUGUAUCCGAGGAACAAAGGAAUUGUGAGGAACAUUUCAGAGGUAUCUCAACACCAGAGCACUUCAUCAUUCAUCAAGGCAACGUUCCAGAGCCACCUGAGGUUUACUGAAACUUCUACCAUCGUACCUACUCCCCACCAUGUUCCUGAGACAAAUCUUAUCGAACUGUGAUACCAGACUGUACUUACUUCUAGAUCUGCCUGUACGUGUGUUCAUCUCUGUACCUGCCUGGCUUUAGUGAGUAGUUUUGUGGUUACACAUUUGUUCUCUUAUAGUAUGUUAAUCACUGUUUAGGCCACAGACCAAUGGUGAUAACCAUUUAACUGCUGAUGUGUUUAAAGGUGCCACGUAGGUUCUCAUCGGUACCAUGACUUCUAUCAUGUUAUUACUGUAUGUAAGGGUCAAAUAAGUUGUGCAGUUGAAGUUGCCUUGAACCUAUUUUGAAAUAACAUGGAUUAAAAUCCUGACUGUGACCACAUUUUGUCAGUAAUGUUAUUCUUGUAUUGUAUCCGUUCUUACCCUUUACUGUUUGUUACAUUUUCCCCACAGGCCAACUGUUAUGGGAAACGGAAGAAGAAAUAAUAAGAGGACAGCCAAUACAUUUGUCAUAAAACAAAUGGAAUACUAUUUUUUUGAACAAAAUCAACUGUAUAAUCAAUAAUAUUAUUAUUAUUAACCAUUAACCAAAUGUACAAUUUAUUACUGAAAAUGUAGGAAUUUAUUCCUAUAUCCUUGUGUUCUGCAUGGAAAUUGGCACUAAUUGAAAUGUAACAAGUAGUUGCAAGGAAGGAGUUCAUACUCAAAAUAUCAUACACAAAAUAUAAUGCCUGUAAAAUGCUGAUCAAAUAUAUAAAAGCAUCAUUAUUAAUUGUAAGAACACAAAUUGGUAUUGUGUUAAACUUAUAUAUCCAUGAAUAGAAGUGAUACUACAAUGCUUGAAAGUAUGUAAAUAUACAAACAGCAGUUAAGGAGUUAAUACCAUUAGUGUCAAUUUGUGUAUUCCAAUAAAACUAAAGCACCCUUAAUGGUAUCCAAAAAGACAGUUAAAAAACUAAGAACUGUUUAAUGUAUAAAAUAGGAUUUUUAACUCUUGUAUCUCCAAUAUACUUAUUGCUGUUUAAUGAGACAAGAUUAGUUGUGGAUUUCAAAUUUCAAACAAAAACUGUUUUAUAUUACAAUUAAUUUUUUUAUGAUAACCCAACGAAUACUUGUGUUAUUUUUUUGUUAUUCCCUAAUUAAGUUCGAAACAUAAUACAUUUAUUUAGUUGUAAACGUAUAUUUUUAUGCAUUGUCUACACAGCUUUCGAUGUGUAACUAAUAUUUUUUUACGUACUUACUGUAGAAAUGCAAUAAUAUGACUCAAUUGGGAUUAGAUAUAAUUUUUAAUAUAGCCUUUACAAGUUCUUAUUUGUUGUUAUUUGUAUGUGGUUCUUGUAAAAUAUGUGAAAAAGUGGUUUCAAUGUUUUAUUCCAUUUGUAAUACUCCUUUAAUUUGUGGUGUUAAUUGGUAAAAGCAUGUUAUGGUGACAAAUUCACUAUUUUGAAUAAAAUAUGAAGAUAAGCUUUUAAAAACAACCUAAAUGGCACCUAAUAUAAUAGAAAUCUUUUUAACAAUAUUUUUAUUUAUGAAGAUAUUUUUAAGUAUUUCUUAACUGCUGCAUGUAGAAGAUAAAAAUGAUGAUUAAAUACCAUAAAUUGUCCAUGUUAUGAAUGAGUGUUUUAGAUAUAUUAUAUUGUGUGUUAUAAAAUAAAUUAAGAUAGUUGAAGAUUAAAAAAUAAACUUUAGUCUACUUCAUAUAAACUUUAUUAUUUACUAUUUAUAAUGAUUUAUUUUUUUAUCUGUUCAUUCUUUAAGUCACAAAAACCUAAGCCAUAAGGUUAACAGAUAGAAUGGUAAAAAAGAAAACAACACAGAGAAACAUUGUGCAACUUUUUUUAUAACACAUCUUUAACUAUUGGCCACCUUUUACUGAGGUGUUGAUGAAGGAUAGGUUGACAAAGGACUGUAAGCUUUUAAUAAACAUUGCUAUUGUCUUAUAUUUCAAAAAGUUCAGAGUUAAUUUUUUAUGAAAAUCACCAUCACCUGAUAUUUUCAGUUUUGUUUCAACACUCCUUUAAUAUUUUAGAUCUUAUGUUUACCAGUUUUAUUACAAAUAAAUAGAAUGAACUGAAUGCUAAGUACUGUACAGUUAUAAAAAUAGAUAGCUUUUUCAAGUUUUAUUUAUAUCUGAACUAUUGCUUUCACUGCUUACUGGCAGUAAUAGCCUUUUUUAAGCUUUUUUUAAAUUUUUGAACAACUUGAUGACUUGUUUUGAAUCAAAUUAAAUUUAUAUAUCUUUCAAAUACAAACAAUGUGAGAGAACUGUAAUACAAUAGCAAGAUUUAAUUAUUAUGGCUUAUACAAAUUGAAGUUUCUAAUUAUGCAUAGUAGAGUUAUUUAAGAAGUAUAUACAUUUUUAUGUAUUCUGUUUAAGUCUAAUUUUGUAUAAAUGUUAACCUAAAAUUUAUGCAUGUAAAAUACACAAAUAAAAGCUGAUAUUCCAAACACCUAUUGAAACCAGAAUACUUGGUUUUGACAGCACAGGAGCAUCUUGAACAGAGUGUAUGAUUUAGAUUUAAAAUAUAAUAGGUUAAUAAUAGUAAAACAUAGACACAAUUAUUGCUUCUUUGGUUUUAGAUACCAUUAUGUUUCUUUGAUUUGCUCAUAUAUAACUACUUAAAACAAGCUUUUUAUUAUGCUUUAAUGAUUCCAUGACUGUAUUAUUAUAGUGUUUGCGUAUAUAUUAAUAAAGUAUAUUCUGAAAAAUAUACAAAUUUCUGACAAGUUUACAAGUCAAGUAAUAAAAGUUAGUAUUUUUGUGUGAUCAUGUUUUAUCAAUGUAUGUUUAUAUUGUAAAUUAUUGUAUUAGUAUUUUGAUAUUGACAUAGGGCAAAGGUUUGUACUAUAUAUUUUUGUCCAAAAAUAUAUUUUUUGUAGGAGGAUAUUAUUGUGAUAAUCUUAGCUUAGACAUAGUUAUGUCUCUUUUUUAAUGUCUGUAAGUAGAGAAAGAAAAAAAACAAGAUUUAAAGAAAACAUAUUUAGUGUAUUUUAUUUAUUCCAUUUAUCCUGUGUAGCACUAAAAUAUAAUUUGAUUUAAGUUUUUGUUAGGUAUUUCAUUAUACUUAGCUAAAACAUUCUCAGUUUGCUUCUAACUGGUAUUAUAUGUAGGUAUAUGUUUUCUCAGUUUGCUUCUAACUGGAUUAUAUGUAGGUAUAUGAUUAAGGUAUAAGAUUAGUGCAAUAUAAUGUAUGAGAUGUAUUGUAAUGUACAAAAAAUAGUUAGUAAAUAGUUUUGAAAACUAGUUGUCUGUACGGGCUACACUUAUAAAUAGUGUCUCAAAAUUUAAUACUUGAGUUAUGUCAAUUGUACUGAAGUACUGUGAUGUGCUUGGAGUACUCUAUAGAACACGCUAGUUUCAUGGCAUAUACUGAAGAAUGAGUUUAUCAAUGAUAUCAACUCAAUAAAAUAAUUCUUUCUAAAAAGAUAUAAUUAAAACAAAUAAUUUCUUAAGUUUGCAUCAUGGAAAUAAGCCAAAUGUUUAGAAUUUCUUAAUAAUUAUGUCUAUUAAUAGUAGCAGAUUGAGUGAAAACUUGUCUUCUCCCUUUUCGUACACGUUGGCAUGAUCUUAUCAUAUCAAUCUCUCACCCUGUUUUACUUCCAAGUGGGUAUUUUUCCCUCUGCAUUCACCUAUUGACGAUAAGAUGUAAACAUAAAUGAUCUCAAAACCUUAAAAUAUUGUUUACAUAAGUCAAAUGUAUAUUUUUUAUAGGAAGAGUUUUAUUUACUGAGAAUUUAUAUUAACACUGAAUGGCUGUCAGUAAUUUAGAUUUGAUACCGAUGAAAAAAUUACACAAAGUAUGUAUUGCAGUAGUUUGAAGCAUCAGUAUAACUGUAACUCACUGUGUUCUGUAAGGAAGGGAGGGUAGUCAAGGUGUGAAUGUUACAUAGUCAUAUUUAGAAUUACUACCCUGACAGCACUCAGCCAUUACCUUGAGCAUUAUUUUCUAGGCAUUGGACAAAGUCUUUGUUACACUUAAAUAUAACUGAACUGUAAUGGUUUUAAUAAUUCACUCUUCUUCUGUAACUGUCAAGGAUAUCUUAGACCAAAACCAAUUGGCAAUUUUUUUAUGUUGGAGAUAUCUACCAGCUGUAUUAUGGGCUUAUUUUAAAAUCUGGAUUUGACAAUGAAAGAAUUGUAGUCCAAAUUAAUCUGGAUCAUUGACGAUGGUGAAAGACAUUAGUGAAUCAGCCAAAAAUCUUGGUGUCUGUAUUAAGUUAAACUUUUCAGAUUGUAUUGAAUUACCAGGAUAUCAUUAGAGUACACUUUUGAUUCGUGUAUAUAUCAGAUUACAACACAUAUAAAACAGUAAUUAUGUUUAUCUGGCACUUUUGAUAGCAAUAGCCGAGAUCACU